AUAUAUACUCCCCAGUCCUUCUCGUCCUCAGAUAUUUUUGAUUUCUGGUAAAAGCUUACUGACCAAAAACGAGAGACAAAGAGAGAUCACUAGAGAAGAAGACGCGAGAAAGUAAUAAACUGAACAAGAAGAUUACACGAACAAUCAAACACGAAACCGAUUCAUAUCUCCGCAAAGAAACAGAUUUGAUUUCAAUCGGAACCUCAGAUUCUGAGUUCUCUACGCCAAUAGAUUGUGUUGUUUCCCUGAAGAAGAUGGCGGUUUAUGACCAUAGCGGAGACAUUAACAGUACUCAACUCGAUCCAUCGCGUAAAAGGAAAGCGAGGAGUAGACGUGACGGUACCACUGUGGCUGAGAGGCUUCAGUUGUGGAAGGACUAUAAUGAGACGACCGAAGAAGCUUCCCCCAAGAAGAGGAAAGUACCUGCGAAAGGAUCAAAGAAAGGCUGUAUGAAAGGCAAAGGAGGACCAGAGAAUAGUCAGUGUAGCUUCAGGGGAGUUAGGCAGAGGAUUUGGGGUAAAUGGGUUGCUGAGAUUAGAGAGCCGAACAGAGGAAGUAGGCUUUGGCUUGGUACUUUCCCUACUGCUAAAGAAGCUGCUUUGGCUUAUGAUGAGGCGGCUAGGGUUAUGUAUGGUCCGUUGGCGAGGGUUAAUUUCCCUCAGAGGUCUGUGUCUGACGUUAUGAGUACGUCGAGCCAGUCUGAGGUGUGCACGGCUGGGACUAGUGGGCGUGUUCAUGUGAAAACAGAGGAUGGAGAUUGUGACUCUGAAGCUAGUCCGUUAGAAGAGAUGAAGAAGGAGGUGAAGGUAGACGCUAAUGCAAGUGUUCCAAGCAGUGAUUGGCUGAGCGAGUUUGAGCAGAAGUAUUGGAACGAGGUUCUGGAGGAGAAAGAGAAACAGAAGAAGCAAGAGAUAGAAGAAACCUGUCAGAAGCAGCCGGGUUCACUUUCUGUUUCAGUUUCAGAUUAUGGUUGGCCGGAGGAUCUAAAUCAGAGUCAGUGGGACUCUUCAGAGAUGUUUGAUGUUUCUGAGCUUCUAGGUGACUUGAAUGGGGACAUCUUUACAGGCUUGGACCAGGUCUCAUACCCGCUGGACAAUGUCGCAGGUGGGUUGCCUGAAACCGAGAAGCUUCAAGGCCUUGACUCUAGUUAUGGAUUGCCUCCGUUUCAGCUAGAGGCACAGGAUGGUAACGAGUUCUUCGAUCUGAGUUUCUUGGAUCUGGAGAAGUGAGAGAGUUGGAUACAUUUUGGAUCUUGUUAUUUGCCUUAAAUGAUAAAAAUCCCAUCAUGACUUUUGAGACUCUAUUGAGUUUUUUUAGUGAUAGAGAAUCUCAUAAGGACUAGAAAAGGGAAAUUGUAUAUACUGAGAUGAUGUUUUGUGUAAUAACACACUGUAACAGAAAAAAAAUAAAACCUGCUACA